GAGCAGGCGUGUUUCUUCCACUCACAUAUCAACACCUCUCGCAUAUCACGUACAUAUGGGUUCCAUUCCAAAGGAGGUAGACACAGAGCUUCACCCUUUCGUCCGCAUCUACAAGGACGGCUCAGUUGAGCGACUCAUCGGCUCUCCUUAUGUGGCCCCAUCGCCUGACCAAGACCCAGAAACUGGAGUCUCAUCAAAAGAUAUCACCAUUUCACACGACCCCUCCAUCUCUGCUCGUCUCUACCUCCCUACACUCGACCAAACGGCCGCCCAAAACCAAAAGCUCCCCGUCUUGGUCUACUUCCACGGCGGAGGCUUCUGCAUAGAAUCUGCCUUCUCCUCCGACCACCAGCAGUUCCUCAACAGUCUGGUCGCUCAAGCUCAAGUGGUUGCUGUGUCGGUGGAGUAUAGGCUAGCUCCUGAGCACCGUCUCCCCAUCGCUUAUGAAGAUUGCUGGGCGGCCCUGCAAUGGGUUGUUUCCGCUUCGCACUCUAUCGACAACGGUACUGUCAAUGAAGAGCCGUGGCUGAUUAAUCACGGCGACUUUAAACGAGUCUUUAUUGGCGGUGACAGUGCCGGAGCCAACAUCGCGCAUAACAUUACCAUGCGAGCCGGCGAUGAGAGCUUGCAUGGAGGUGUUAAGAUUUUAGGAACUUUUCUUACCCACCCUUAUUUCUGGGGUUCAAAGCCAGUAGGGUCGGAGCCGAGUGCAGGACCUGAUGAGAAACCUUUGCCGCACGUGGUCUGGAACUUUACUUAUCCAGCGGCGCCUGGUGGUAUUGAUAAUCCAAUGAUCAAUCCCACCGGUCCAGGAGCGCCCAGCUUGGCCGGACUUGGGUGUUCUCGACUGCUCGUAGUCGUGGCGGAGAAGGAUGAGCUGAGGGAGAGAGGUGUUUUUUACUAUGAUCAAGUCAGAAAAAGCAACUGGGAAGGAGAAGUUGAAUUGGUUCAAGUGGACGGGGAGGAUCACGCUUUCCAUGUCUUGAAAUUUGGGAGUGAGAAUGCAAAGAAUUUGAUCAAACGCUUGGCUUCCUUCUUGAAGUAACUUUUUUUUUUCUUUUUUUUCUGAGGGGGAGGUAAAUGGUAAUUGUACUUUUGUUUUCUUAUUGUUCACGCCUUAGUUUGAUUUAUCAAUGUGUGGUUUAAAAAAUUACUUAUCUA